CGUGCCCUUGCACAGCCCGGCCUUGUGCACGAUGUGAUGCGCACAGCCUGAUUUCUCAAAAAGGGGAGGAGGAGUCAGAGCGUUUCUUUUAAAUAUUGGCUUGUUGGCCGUCUAUGUCUUUGUGUUUCGAAACUACCAUCCUCGACUCUUCAUUCUUGACCCCUCACAAAAUAUGGCUUCCACUUCUCCCCAACGUACCGCGUAUAAGCCCUACGCUGCGCCUGAGCACGAGGAAGCUCCCGCCUACCAGCCCUCUACCAAUGCCUAUGCCCAGCCUGAAGCUGCUGAAAAGGCAGGCCACUCGGAGCCUCCGAUUGCCCCUACCGACUACGAGAGCUUCAAGGAUGCCUCGGCCGCCGAGGCUGGCGUGCCCGCGCCGGUGCCGCAGAACCGCUACGGAGCGCCUGCUCCUGUGCCUGGUGCGCGCUCGUCGCGAUUCACCAAGACGGCGCUGAUUCUUCACUGCGUUUUCCUUGUCUUCGGAACCGCCCAGCUCGGCGUCACGGCGUACAUGCUUGCUCGGGGCCAGGCCAUCAUCCACACGGUCGACAUUGCGUCGCUGGUGUUCCUGCUCAUGGCGAUUGUGUCGAUGUUGACGGAUGCCUCCAAGAUCUUCUGGAUUGCGAAGCGCAACAUGCUGCCCCCGCGAACAAUGGUGCUUGAUAUCCUUGUCAUUAUCACAGGUCUCUUUCGUUUCAUCCGCGUCUUUUAUUACAAUAUGGACGGACUGUACGGCGACACGGAGGCAAGCUACCGCUUCCGUGAUGAGCUGUGGGUCGAGCUGCUUGUUGCGCUGGGCUUCUUUGUCCUUCUCUCAUUUGCCCGAGUGGUUUCCAUCGUUCUCGUUGUCCUGUGGAACCGUCGCGAGAAGCGAGCCGCUGCAGCGCUCCAUGCUCGUCUGCCUCCUCAGCAGUAUAUGCCCUACGGCGGUGCCAAUGCUGCUGACGCGCCUAGAUACUCGUAGAGAGUGGGCGUUGGGUGGAAGAGGUUUUGUGUAUGUGAUUCUCUGUAGGAACUAGCAAGCGAUGUUUAUAGACUUUCUGCACAUAAUGUGACGAUAUUUUGUAUUGUCCCUU